AGAAGAAGUCUUCGGACCGUUGAUUCUGCGACACCAGUUUCCGGUGUGGUGCAGCUCGUUGCUCCCUCGCAUUGGAUGUAGUUUGAUUUAAACUACAAAAAAAAAACAUUGUGCAGCUCCACUUUCCUCCAUAACUGACUGAGAAUCAGUUAUAACACUUUCACCGAAGGAGGAGAGACAACCAGGCCGCCAAGAUGCCGAGAAUCAUGAUUAAAGGAGGCGUGUGGCGCAACACGGAGGAUGAGAUCCUCAAGGCGGCCGUGAUGAAAUAUGGGAAAAACCAGUGGUCUCGAAUCGCCUCCCUGCUGCAUCGCAAGUCUGCCAAACAGUGUAAAGCUCGAUGGUACGAGUGGUUGGAUCCCAGCAUCAAGAAGACAGAAUGGUCCCGAGAAGAGGAGGAGAAGCUGCUGCAUCUGGCCAAGCUGAUGCCCACCCAGUGGAGGACCAUCGCUCCCAUCAUCGGACGCACCGCCGCCCAGUGCCUGGAGCACUACGAAUACCUGCUAGACAAGGCAGCACAAAAGGAUAAUGAGGAGGAAGUGGGAGACGACCCCAGGAAGUUAAAACCAGGAGAGAUCGAUCCGAACCCUGAAACUAAACCUGCCCGACCCGACCCGGUGGACAUGGACGAAGAUGAGCUGGAGAUGCUGUCGGAGGCCAGAGCUCGACUGGCCAACACUCAGGGCAAGAAAGCCAAGAGGAAGGCCAGAGAGAAGCAGCUGGAGGAGGCCAG